CACUCAUCAACCGCCAUAUCUUACCCAUCCCUGUUCUUGUUCGUAUUCGAUACUCGAUGUCUGAGCAAAUCGAGCUCUCCUCGCCACCAUUUGACGGCAUCUCAUCCGUUCGUUUCUCACCAAAAGACCCGAACCAGCUUCUCGUUGCCUCUUGGGAUGCAACAGUACGCUAUUACGAUGUUGCCGCUAACGAGCAAAAAUGCAAGUUCGACCAUCGAGCGGCGGUAUUAGCAGUGACUUGGGCGCCUGACGCGACAAGAGCGUUCAGCGGAGGGCUGGAGACACAUGUCAGAGAACUUGAGCUUGAGACGGAAAAGAUUCACCAUCUGGGUCAACACACAGAUUCAGUAUCCAGCAUGAACUUCUCCUCAGAAACCAACCAACUCAUCACCGGCUCUUGGGACCGUACUGUUCGAUUCUGGGACCCACGCGCCUCGACACCAGAACAGAGCAAGCACGACCUCCCAGAGCGCGUCUACUUCAUGGACCUCGCGCAGAACCGCCUCGUCGUCGCGAUGGCCAGUCGACUGUUCCACAUUUACGACAUCCGGAAUAUGAAGCAGCCCGAGCAGACGAGGGAGAGCAGUUUGAAGUAUAUGACAAGGGCGUUGGCUUGUAUGACGGACGGACAAGGAUUCGCAACCGCGAGCGUGGAGGGACGGAUAGCUGUCGAGUUCAUUGAUCCCAGUCCAGAAGUUCAGAGCAAAAAGUAUGCGUUCAAAUGUCAUCGACAAACGAUCGACGACGUAGACCACGUCUAUCCCGUCAAUUCUCUCGCCUUCCAUCCAGUAUACAACACCUUCGCAUCUUCCGGAUCAGACGGAACCGUCUCUAUUUGGGACCAUAAGGUCAAAAAACGUCUCCGUCAAUACCCACGAUACAACACGGCCAUACCCGCCAUCGACUUCAAUUGCGACGGAACCAAGCUUGCCAUCGGGGUAAGUUACAACUGGGAUAAUGGGGACGAGGAGGCGAAGAAAUUGAGUAACACGGAGAGGCCAGCCGUGUUUGUGAGGACGGUUGGGGAUGAGGUUAAGCCGAAGGGAUGGACGGGCAGUUAGACAUGAUGUUGGACGUAUGUAGGUCUUUUGUCUUCCGUGUCAAAGGGACAUUCCGCCUGUGUCCCGCUCUUCAAUGCUUUUUGUACAUCAGACAUUUCACAUUACGAUGGAGGCCACCAAAGAGCCAAACGUCGAGGC